CAGUAUUGCAGUGUCACAAUUGUCAAAAGUAAUUGUCAACAACUCACUUCAUUUUCAUUAUCAUCAACAAAAUCCUCUGUAAAAACUUCAUAUGAACCCAGUCAAACCCCCCUCAGUUCGGCCACCAAUAGGUCAAUGGUUUAAUGUGACAUUUAGAACGCUAUUCAGAGGCCAAUCUUGUGAAGAAGUAGACUGCUGUGGCAAAACGGUCAAAGCACCUUUGAUGCCUGACGAAGUUGUGGUUGAAAAAGAUGUGGAUCCAAGUUACUUCUGCACUUGGAGACCUACUAUUCCCAAAUUGGAACCUCCUCCACCAAAAAAGGUCAAUCCUGUACUACCAAAGAAGAAAAGAGUUUGCUAUGCCGGAAUGCCAUCACCAACAUGUAACGCAGAAAUAAAUGAAAAUGCGAAAGAGUGUUUGAAAAAUGUGGAACCAAGUGUUAUGCCACAAGUGAAAAUUCAAAGUUGCAGCAGUAAGGAAUUGGCACAGAUAAGGUUACUUCAAAGUAAAAGAAAAUCAGAGAAAUCCGGUAAAGGUUCAUACAGUCGUCAGAAAACAAUGAAUCCUCCUGAGCCUGACUGGGAUCAUGAUUGUAUAAUGGAAUGAAAAAGUAUAAACGGUACAUUUGUAACAUAUAACUUUGUGAAAAGGAAAAAAAAUUAUUGAACCUGAAAAAUACUUUUAUUUCUUCACAAACACGCAUAUGGAUAUAUAUGAAACUAGAGAAAAAGUGUACAUCUCAAAACCAGUUUUCAGUGUAUCUUUCAGAAAAAAAUGUAUCAUUUAAGAGGUAUGACAAGUAAAAUUUUGUGGCAAAUGUUUCCUUUUCUAAAAAAAAUAUAUAAAUUGGAAUAGAA